AAUGGUGCAAGGUGAUUGAUUACGUAUUCGCUAGCCCACACAGUAUCUUCCUCCUUUUCAAGCUUCCGAGCGCGUGAAAUCUCUACUCGAAGCCGUAUUCAUGUAGAAUACGCGCCACCACCGUAUAGCUCAUUGAAUGCGCUCAACCCAUGCAAGGAGGCUCUUCCUCAGUUGUGCUAGCUGAUUUCUCCGAUACGCACAGUCCGUCCUCUCGGCUCUUCUGAAUUCAUUUGCUGAUUCGCUGCUUGAAUCGAUUCCCUUUCCAAUGGCGCGCAUCUCCAAACAAGCCCGAGAUGCUAACCCGCCCAGCAAUACAAUCCGACGGCCGCACCGCAAAUCGCGCAAUGGUUGCAAGCAAUGUAAACGACGUCAUAUGAAAUGUGACGAGCAUCGACCGACCUGCGUCAAUUGCUCUACCUGUGACCGCGAGUGCUCUUACAGCCAACGAUUAGGUGCCAACGAUGCUGGGAUGAUUACACUCGCGAACUCGUCCCAAACCCCCACUGCGUCUGAUACAUCACCCAGUUCCUCCCCAGCAAAUCUUGUGGCCGCGAUCGGGGCAGCCGGUUUCUGUCCUGCGGACGGGGUUGAAUCCGGGACCGAAAGCUUACUACCAAAUGUCUACAACCUCGGCCAUCUCGCCCUCCUACAUCACCUCGAAAGCAAUCUGCUCAACUCCGGUGAUGCAGGUCUUUUCCCUGAUGCCACGAAAGCAGGGGAGAUCGCCAAGCUGAUCUUUAAAUCCGCCAUAACGACUCCGUUUCUGAUGGAUGAGCUUCUCGCCAUGGCUGCUCUUCAUCUGAGUACCCAGGCGUUUGAUCCGGCAGAGAAGAACCAAUACCUCCACCAGGCGGCACAGCUCCAGACGCGAGCUCUCGGCUACUUCAACGCAGCCCAACCGAGGGUUUCUGAUGAAAAUUGUACCGCCAUGUUCCUGUUUUCCUCAUUCCUCAGCCUGCACACGCUUUUCGACACAACCAUCUACCAGAGAGAUUUUACCGAGUUUCUGGACAAGCUUAUCCAAUUCAUUGCCCUUCAUCGCGGAAUACGCACCGUUACUCGAAAGUCCUGGCACAUCAUUAAUGAGACUGAGAUGAAACAUAUCAUCGACCCAAUAAGCGCACUCGAUCAAUUGGACCCUUAGCUAACCGUCUCUUGCGGUGAGUGCGACGGGCUCCUGGCCCAUCUUACAGCGUCCAUCGAAAGCCUCGGUCCCGCCUCAUUCAAUUCAUGCUGUGAGGCUGUCAAGUCGCUCCAGUGGGUCAUUGGGCGGCGGCGUGGUCUCCCCGACGAGCUCCAUCCACAUAUCACGAUGGCAUGGCCAGUACUCGUCUCUUUCGACUAUCUACAAAUGCUUAAACAGCGAAGACCAGAGGCACUGGUAGUUCUAGCCCAUUGGGCCGUGCUCCUAUAUCGCGACCGUGGGUUUUGGGUGUUUGGCGAUACUGGUCGAUUCAUGAUAGAAUCCGCCAGUAAAUAUCUAGGCACAUACUGGGAAGACUGGAUGACCUGGCCGAAUGACACUCUGAAGUCUCUA